GACUGCACUGAGGCCAUACACAUUUUUCGAAGAACUUGAAAUUCCUGGAGACAUUACUAUUCCAUCUCUCUGAGUUUUUCUGUUGUUGCAUUUCAGAGGAACAGCAAAUAACCAUGAACAACUUCAGUAAUGAUGAGUUUGAUUACCAUUUCCUUGAUGAAGGUUUUACUGUCAAGGAUAUUCUGAACCAGAAGAAGAAUGAAGUCUCUUCUUCUGAUGAUAAGGAUGCCUUCUAUGUUGUGGACCUGGGAGAUGUUCUAAAGAAACAUCUGAGGUGGUUAAAAACUCUUCCUCAGGUCACCCCCUUUUAUGCUGUCAAAUGCAACAAUAGUCUAACCAUAGUGAAGACCCUCGCUGCUGUAGGGGCAGGAUUUGACUGUGCCAGCAAGACUGAAAUACAAAUGAUGCAGAGUCUUGGGGUGCCUUUUGGGAGAAUUAUCUAUGGAAAUCCUUGGAAGCAAGUGUCUCAGAUUAAGUAUGCUGCCAAUAAUGGAGUUCAGAUGAUGACUGUUGAUAGUGAAGUCAAAUUGAUGAAAGUUGCCAGUGCACAUCCAAAGACAAAGUUGAUUUUGCAGAUUGCCACCGAUGAUUCCAAAGCAGUCUUUCACCUUAGUGCUAAAUUUGGUACCACAUUAAAAACCAGCAGGCUGCUUUUGGAAUGGGUGAGAGAACUAAAUAUUGAUGUCAUCAGUGUCAGCUUCCACGUGAGAAGUGGUUGUACUGAGCCUGAGUCCUUUGUGCCGGCCAUCUCUGAUGCCUGCUAUAUCUUUGACAUGGGAACUGAGGUUGGCUUCAACAUAUAUCUGCUUGAUCUUGGUGGUGGCUUUCCUGGAUCUGAGGAUGUAAAGCUUAAAUCUGAAGAGAUCAUCAGUGUCAUCAAUACAGCAUUUGACACGUAUUUUCCAUCAGAUUCGGGAGUAAGAACCAUAGCUGAGCCAGGCAGGUACAAUAUAGCAUCAGCAUUCACACUUGCAGUUGACAUCAUUGUAUUACAGGAACAGUCAGGCUCUGAUGAUGAAGAUGAGUCUGGUGAGCAAACCUUUAUGUAUUAUGUGAAUGAUAAGAUGUAUGGAUCAUUUACUUGCAUCCUUUACAAUCAUGCACAAGUCAAGCCUCUUCUGCAAAAGAGACCCAAAUCAGAUGAGAAGUAUUAUUCAUCCAGUAUCUGGGGACAAAUGUGUGAUGGCCUCGAUGGGAUUGUUGAGUGUUGUGACUUGCCUGAGAUGCUCAUGGGGCAUCGGAUGCUCUUUGAAAACAUAGGUGCUUAUACUGUUGCUGCUGCUUCUACUUUCAAUGGAUUCCAGAGACCAAUUAUCAACUAUGUGAUGUCAAGGCCAAUGUGGCAAGGGAUGCAGCAAAUCAAGAGCUGUGACUUCCCACCUGAAGUGGAGGACCAGGACAUUAGCACUCUGCCUGUGCUUAGGAGAGUGGGAUGA